UGGAAAAACCCCAAAAUUACGAGGAGCACUUGAAGGCAGCAUCAUCAGCGGCUGGAGCUCCGGUCCGGCGGACACGGACCUGAACAUGGGCGAAGGAACAGCCUCAGGUCCGGUGACUCUGAAAGUAAUCCUGAUCGGGAACUCCGGGGUGGGAAAAUCCUCCUUCAUGAACCGAUAUGUCAAUCACCGCUUCACCAACAUGUACCGGGCCACCAUAGGGACUGACUUCCUGUCCAAGACAGUGAACAUAGACGGGGACACAGUGACCCUGCAGAUGUGGGACACGGCAGGGACGGAGCGGUUCCAGUCCCUGGGCACGCCCCUGUACAGAGGAGCCCACUGCUGCAUGCUGGUCUUCGACGUCACGUCCAAGGCCACCUUCUCCGCCCUGGAGGUUUGGAGGAAGGAGUUCCUGGUGCAGGCAGAGCCGCAGGACCCCUCCGACUUCCCCUUUGUUGUCCUGGGCAACAAGAGUGACCUGAGCAACCGGGAGGUGUCUGGCAGGAAGGCCCUGCAGUACUGUGAGGAAAUAAGAGCCGACUACUUUGAGGGAAGCGCCAAAGAAGACGUGGGCGUCGAGAAGGCGUUUCUGAGAGUGGCUAAGAGCGGACUGCGACAGUACAAAAAACACACAUUGGAAAAUACAGGACAUUUCCAGAUAACCUGCAAACAGCCGACAGAAACUCGGGACACCUGUGAGUGCUGAGAGCAGCGCUCGUCCCCGUGUGGGAGGGAAAGUUCAGAGAGACCUCGGCACUGCUGAUGAUGACCUAUCUAACGAGGGUGCAAAAAUAGUGACCCAGCAAAGGUACUGUGGAAGGAAAAGGACACAAUUGUAUACCACAUGGAGAGAGGAACAAACUCAUUAAAUGUUUUUUCAUUU